GCCUCAACAGCGAGCUGCGCACACUGACUCGAGCAGCAUCAGCAGCGAGGUAACUCCACACCCACUAAGCAACAGCAACCAUGUCAGACCUCUGUGUUGGAAUCAAUGGCUUCGGUCGCAUUGGCCGCCUGGUCCUGAGGGCAUGCCUGCAGAAGGGCAUCAGAGUCGUGGCCAUCAACGACCCCUUCAUCGACCUGCAGUACAUGGUCUACAUGUUCAAGUACGACUCCACCCACGGCCGUUACCAUGGCGAGGUCUCCCAUGAUGGUGGCAAGCUCUACGUUGAUGGCAAAGCCAUCUCUGUUUUCCAGUGUAUGAAACCUGCUGAGAUCCCCUGGGGUAGCUCUGGCGCCAAAUACGUGGUGGAGUCCACUGGAGUCUUCCUCAGCCUGGAGAAGGCCAACGCUCACAUCCAGGGCGGUGCACAGCGUGUGGUCGUGUCCGCCCCCUCACCUGAUGCCCCCAUGUUUGUCAUGGGAGUUAACGAGGACAAAUACGACCCGUCCUCCAUGACCAUCGUCAGUAAUGCCUCCUGCACCACCAACUGCCUGGCUCCCCUGGCCAAAGUCAUCCACGAUAACUUUGGCAUCGAGGAGGCUCUCAUGACCACAGUCCACGCAUACACAGCCACCCAGAAGACAGUGGACGGCCCCAGUGCCAAGGCCUGGCGUGACGGCCGCGGCGCCCACCAGAACAUCAUUCCAGCUUCCACCGGCGCUGCCAAGGCUGUGGGCAAAGUCAUUCCUGACCUCAACGGCAAGCUGACAGGAAUGGCUUUCAGGGUGCCAGUGGCGGACGUGUCCGUCGUGGACCUGACCUGCCGUCUGUCCAAGUCCGCAUCCUAUGCCGAGAUCAAGGAGGCGGUCAAGAAGGCCGCACACGGACCCAUGAAGGGAGUGCUGGGCUACACUGAAGACCAGGUUGUGUCCUCUGACUUCGUUGGAGACACCCACUCCUCCAUCUUCGAUGCUGGUGCCGGCAUCUCCCUUAACGACAACUUUGUCAAACUCAUUUCCUGGUAUGACAAUGAGUACGGCUACAGCAACCGUGUUGCCGACCUGCUGCUGUACAUGCACUCCAAGGAGUAGACACUUCCUGUCCUGAGAGGAAGUGAGCAAAGGGACCACCGCUAACCAUCAUGAAUCCCUCCAUUCUCUUUUACACAAAAGCCCCGCCCAUAGCCAAAUCAUAGCAUCUUCAACCCCUUUAGCUCUACUACAGUAUAUGUAGGCAGCAGCAACUGUGUGUUUGAGUGUUUUGAGUUCAUCUGUGUUUUCCUUUAUUGACAAGGCGACAAUUCGGUGAAAGUAUUUGUGUCCGUGUUCCCCCUCUCCAGCUCCCACGGCUGAUUUAGAUGUGUAAUUAUGACUGAGUACUAUGGUAACUACUGUAUCCAUCUCACUGUUAGUGUGAUUUUAAAAGCUUCGUCACCAGUGGAAGGAGGAAUCUGAGCAGCAGACCUACUGUUACUCUAAUUAUGAUUCAAGAGAUGAAAAAAAUAAAGUUUGAAAAAAACCUCAA